UUUCCAUCAUUCAUUUCUGUCAUAACUAUCAUUCACAGAAUCACAUAGAGCUCUACAUCAGAACUUACAAAUCUGUUCUCUUUCUUUCUCCUUCUUACUUUUUGGAUUAAAUAUUUUUUAGAAAAUGAUAAUGAACACAAAGAAGCUAAUCAAGAUGGUCAAGAAAUGGCAACAAAGAGCAGCCCUCCACAGGAAAAGGAUCUCAUUUCAGAGGUCGAAUUCUGGUGGUAGCAGCUCAACGUCAUUAGAUAAGGGUUGCUUUGUGGUUUAUACGGCGGACAAAGCCCGCUUUACUUUUCCAAUAAGUUACCUGAGCAACUCUGUUUUCCAAGUACUCUUGAAAAUCUCUGAAGAAGAGUUCGGCCUCCCCACCGAAGGACCAAUUACAUUGCCAUUCGAUUCUGUUUUCUUGGAGUAUCUUAUCAAAUUGGUCCAGCGACGAAUGGAUGAAGAUACAGAAAAGGCUUUGUUAAUGUCAAUCUCUAGUGCUAGAUGUUCUUGGCAAUGCUCUUUGCAACUACAAGAUCAAAGUAGUUGUCAACAUUUGCUUGUAUUUUAGAGUGUAGCAGUUUCUGUAUUAUAUAGGCACAGAAAUAAACAUUAUUAUCUUCAUCUCUUCUCAUCAAAAUCAACUUUUUUUUUUUUUUUGGUUGAAAGUUACUUCUUUUUUUUUUACAUAAUUAUAUAUAUAAAAUCGACCUGAAUAAUCAGAAAUUCAGAUCCGGUUACAAACCUGCUUUGAACAAAACACCAAAGUCAAAAUAUUACAACCUAGCUUGGUCCGCCAAUUAAACCCGGCACAUUCCGCUAAACCAUUUUUCAAAAUUCUUUGGAAUCGGUUUCUGUUCUCAACCAUUGACGAUGAUCGCGUGACGGUGAGGUUCUCCUCGUUGCCUCGGAUACCGGGACUCCCCAUGUCGCCUUCGGAGUAGCUGGAUUCCGAUGAACUCCACGAAGCUUAUAACCGUCACUGUCUUUGAAGCACAAGAGGAGCAAUAAGGGAUUGUUCCAAAUACUUACCACGAUGCCUUGCAAAUGCCACCAAAGCCGGGAAUGUAUGAAACGCCACACAGCGCCUGAAACGCAGCCCUAAGAAGCAAGCACUCGCUACUGCCGCCAUCGAACCAACUACCUAAAAAAACGGGCUGAGAAGGAAACAACAUCAAACUGCAAUCUUCAGAACCUGCAAAGAAGAAAAGAACCGCCUGCGAGGUAGACGACACGAUCGCGUCCUUCCUCACACUGGGAUGACGGAAUCUGAAGCAAGGUCUCCACAUCACCAGCCAGACCCAAACUGACCCAGCCUGGAUUAACCGGCGAAUCCUAACUCCCGUACAGAGAACCCGUACGGGUCUUCCAUGCGCUUCUGGUGAAUACCUCGAUGGAGGAGAAACGAGGAUAAACCAAAAACAGGACCUGAACAAAUCCGACCAUAGAAGGUCAAGACAAAUCACAAAUUGAUGAAAUGGAGACAUAGGUGCAAAGGAAGAGCAGCUUCAAAGUGAGCGGAGCACAGCCAUAGACGACAGGACACCGGAAAUCACCCUCAGCUACGCACGAUAACCCCAUAGAAGUGUAGUCACCACACGGCCAUGGUCGCGCCGGCGACGAACAACAACCGCCUCCCCUGAGCGAGAGACAAAACCCUUAACCGUUCGACAAGACCACAAGCCGACAGUGAAAGGUGACCUCCUCCCUCCUCUCCACAACGAAGAGCACUGUUCGAAUCAACUGGGGGAGAGAGACCUCUGAACUUCCAUACGCCUCCAGCUCGAGAACGCCGACGGGACCUACAAGUUAAAAUCAAGAUCCGCCUGAGCCAAGCCCUAAACGCCGACUUCGCCUUACCACAAACCCUCACCACCUCACAGGAACUCCAGAUCGAAGUCAACCAACCACGGAUCCAACCCCUCCGGAGAAGAUUAGAGACCCCGCGGCAGAGCUCCUUCCAGAGCGCCUAGUAUAUCGACGGCUUGGAGAGAGAGGUGAAAACGGAGCAAAGCACAAAGAAGAUGGUGAGAGAAGAGAGCCUCCGGCAGCCACGCGCCCGGCUGACAGCCGCCGGAGCAGAUCGGAGAAGAUGAAGAUGGAGUCUUGCUGGAGUUAGAGAGAGGGAGGAGCUAACUUCCAUCAAAAUCAACUUCUAUUGCAAAACAACUUUAAUAUCACGUGUGUUCAUGCUUUGAUAUAAAGUUGUAAAGAAAAUCUUCUAAGAUACUUCACUAAGAAAUACCUAACUAUGAAAACUUUGGGUCUCAGAAAUGGUGCAGCUGUUUAUAGGAAAGAUGCGUUCCUAUGAUAUGAACUUAAUCUGUACCCAAGAAAUAAGAAUUAUUAAAAGAGUAGUUGAAUUUUGGACGUUUAA